CACCCGGGUCUGUUGUUUUUAUCAUGUUUAUGACACCGCGUAGCAGAAAUGCACGUGUUUAUCUCCACUUGUGUGUGAUACACUGUUACCAUGACACUAAUAUUAUCGUAAAUUGUCCACAGAACGUCCUCGUCGUAGUGGAUUGUACCAUUGCCGGUGUUUAGACCGUGAAAUCCGCGUGAAUCGGAGCAGUUGUGGUGGAGUGUUGCGCCUCUGCUCGCUGCUUUACGGCAGUGGUGCUGAUGCGGGAUGAGUCAGGCUGCGUGCGUGAUGCUGCUGCUGCCGCUGCUGCUGCCAUUUCAUCAGCGGCGAUGACACCGCGGGAUUCCCCUCCCACUGCGAGCAUCCGCUCCUCAUAGACGGAGAAAGCCCCGCAAAACACGCGACAGAUCCGCGCGCGGGUGUCUGAGUGAGUGCGUGAGUGAAUGUGUGAGUGAGUGUUUGACUGCACCUGCCGUGUGUGUGUGUGUGUGACAUCAGCACGGCCUGUUCUCCGCUCCAGCCUCCGCCAUCAGGAGGAUAUUUUCUCUGUCGCCCUUGUUUUCUGCUGCGGGAUUCAUCCAUUCAUCUAUUCACACAGUCACACACAUAGCGAGGAGGAGAGCCAUCGGUGCCAUGGAGUCCACAUCAGUCUGGUCCUGAAGGUUCCUGAGAGGAGGAGCAGCAGCGUUUCUGGCCUAAAGUCCAGUCCACUCUUCAUCCAACGCUCUCCCACACACAUACAGAGCGAAAGAACAGACAGACAGACGGAACAGACGGACACGUCGGUUCUUCAUCGCCACCUUCAUCAUCAUGGAGGCCAUCUGGCUCUACCAGUUCCGGCUGAUCGUCAUCGGAGACUCCACGGUGGGGAAGUCGUGUCUGAUCCGCCGCUUCACGGAGGGACGCUUCGCGCAGGUGUCCGACCCCACGGUCGGCGUGGAUUUCUUCUCCCGCCUCGUGGAGAUCGAGCCCGGGAAGAGGAUCAAGCUGCAGAUCUGGGACACGGCGGGACAGGAGCGCUUCAGGUCCAUCACCAGGGCUUACUACCGUAACUCUGUGGGCGGACUCCUCCUGUUUGACAUCACCAACCGCCGCUCCUUCCAGAAUGUUCACGAAUGGCUGGAGGAAGCUCGUAGCCAUGUCCAACCACACAGCAUCGUCUUCCUACUGGUCGGCCACAAGUGUGACCUGGAAGCAAAGCGCCAGGUGACCCGUCAGGAGGCAGAGAAGCUAGCAGGAGCAUACGGGAUGCGCUACAUCGAGACUUCGGCCCGUGACGCCAUCAAUGUUGAGCACGCCUUCACUGAGCUGACCAGAGAUAUCUUCGCCCUGGUGCGGUCUGGUGACAUCACAAUCCAGGAGGGUUGGGAGGGUGUGAAGAGUGGAUUUGUCCCCAACGUGGUUCACUCCUCAGAGGAAGUGACCAAGAGUGACCGCCGCUGUCUCUGCUGAUCUGGAAAGAGUUUGACAUUGGGACUGAAGGAGAGGGAAGGACUCAGAGGGAAUAAUGGCUGACGGACUGCGUUGUUGGCCCUUUGACAGAAACUGUUGCUAUCCCUCUGUUCUUUCUCCAAAAAAGGGAUUGCUUGUAGAAUUUCAACAAAAAUGAUGGUAGAAGGCGGCAAAGAACACACAAAGGGAUGUGCCUAUUUCUAAAUAUGUUUUAGUCAUUGGAGAGGAAGGAUGGCAGAUGCUCAUUUUCUUGUGAGGGCUCCCACAAUUCAACUAAGUUAGUUAUGGGGCUGUUACUGGGAAAUCCCGAGUAGACAGGGCCGCAUAGGCACGAAUCAGAAAGAGGAUUUGGUUUGGUCUCUCCGCAAAAUUAGAUGACGCUCUCGACUUGUGUCAUCACUCUGUCUGCCAUCAGGCCUCCCUUUACCUCUCCUCCCACCACUCCUUAACCUUCUUCUCUUCUCCAAUAUGCAAUUACAUGAAUACAUAUAGAACAACCUCCACCCAACCUCUUUCAAAACCUUUUAGGCAGCACCCGUAGAUAAUUUCUCCCUUGAUAAUAAGAACUGUGUUUUUUCUGUGCUGACAAUUUGCACCACAUUCCAUGAUCGUACCUUGAUGGAGGAAUCUUGGAGGUCCAGAAUUGAACGAGGGAUGACAGAUUUCUCUCCACUAAGCCUUUAUUCUGUUGACUGGGAUGACAUUAUUUCUGUGUAAACAUCCACUAUCAUUCCGCUAAUAAUCACUCAGUUCCUAGAUGGACUCCUCGAAUCGGAAGAGAUGUGUACAGCUUAACUGACCGAGGCAGACUUUUUAACUCCUAACUCUUUGCCUUCAUAUGGUAACUCUUUAAAAUUAACUAUUAGGAAUGUUGGAGCCAGAAAGCACCUUCAGCGCCAAGUCCAUCUUAACUGAAGAUUAUUUAUUUCUCAAAGGGAGAGCAAGCAAACAAAGCCCAGACCUUGCAAAUGGAAACUUGAAGAACGGACUAUCGUGAUACCGUCCUUGCACCAACAUGGACAGGACUGUGAAGCCAAGUGAAAAGGGUCCAUUGAGCAGGAAUUAAGUCAACCCUACACAGAUACAGGCGCAGGGACACUACAAGCUUGAAUUGUGCUGUGAGCAAAUGGGUGACACAUAUUUUCUGUUGUGUAUUUGCAGGUUAUUUUCAGUUUCAUGUGUCAAUGUGACUGGAGUUUCUGUUGAUAAAGUCAUACCAAAAUGGCACUAGGUCCAACAUCACUGGUUAUGUCAAGAAGAAGAAGAAGCCCAUUUUCUAAACCGUUUAAAUAUUUGUUUCACCUUUUAGCACAAAUAAUGUCGUUAUCUGCUGGCCAUAAAAAGGGUAAUGAACUUCUAAUGAGCUGAAGCUGACAUGUUGGUGAUAAGAGAACUACUUAGCCCAAAUGUUUCAAGCCAUUUGCACAUGCCACACCUCAAGACUUGUUACACAUUGUUCUUUACUUUGCCUUUGUACAUACAGACACACAGUUAAGAGGAAAAAAAACGCAGUAAUUCUGAAAUCAGCCACAAGUCCUGCAUUCAAAGCAUGUAUCUGUUGGGUGACUACAGUUAUUUCCCGCCCUCAGUGUAACCCUUCUCACCACAGGAGCAGUGCUAGUACACUUCUUCUUUUCAGUCCUCUGUGCUGUACAGACAAUACUGUAUUACACAGUCCUUAAACCUGCCGGGUUAAAGCCAAGAGUUUCUCUUCCUCUGCUCUAGUUAUAUAUCUACAAACUGAAAUGUACUAAAAAAAAAUAAAAUGUGACUGGAAAAAUAAACACAAACUCA